AUGUCGAGAAAUCGAGUCUUUCGUAGCAUCACCAUCAUUCUAGACAAUUUUGGCGAGCUUGAUCGGAAAAUUAUGGCAUGCGAAGCCGAAGUGCAACGAUGGCGAAACCUCACUCAAGCCGAGCACAAUAACGAUCUACGCGAACGCUUGCGUGACCUAACACUCGAGGAACGCUGUUCGCAACAAAAAGUAGAGGGUAUACUUGAAGACAUCAGCUCACCAAUUCGCAAUACAGAAAGUCAGGUAGCAUUGAUUUAUGUAAGGCUUGACAGCGAUCGGCAACUAGAGAUUCUACGCUGGCUGUCUACGGUACCCUAUCAGCAACAUCAAAACCAGCAUUUUCGCCAGGUAUUGCAAGGUACGGGAACUUGGUUUCUGGAAGACUCCAGACUUCGCCAAUGGCAUGACUCGAAUGACUCGUGUGUGUUGUGGUUACGUGGCGAUCCUGGAUUUGGCAAGACAAAGCUCAUUCGCAACGAAGCCGGACGCUCGCAAGCUGCCCAUGUGCUCCGAAGUAUAGCACGCCAAAUGAGUCGUUCUAGCAUAUCAAGGUCUGUUCUACCUCCUCUACUCAAGUUGUAUGAGAAGCAAAGGGACGAUGGGUUUGCCGCUGGAGACCUUGGUUUACAAGAAUACGUGGAGCUGAUCAUUCAACUUGCAUAUUAUUGGCCCACAAUUACCAUUAUCAUUGACGCUCUAGACGAAUGCGACUCAAUAUCUCGGGAGGUUCUGCUUCAGCACCUAGACAAAUUGGUGCAAAGCUCGAGCUCGACGAUCAAAAUUCUGAUAUCGAGUAGGCUCGAUCAAACAAUCGCGUACCACCUCAAGAGCGUCCCCAACAUUCUGAUACAUUGGGAAAACAACUAUUCUGACAUUGCGCGAUAUAUUGACGUAAAGGUAGGAAACAUGGUCGAAAAGCAACAAAGAUAUGGGAAGCCUUUGAGUGACCAGCUACUUCUCACGGUCAAGGAUAGUCUUAUUGAAAAGUCAGGCGGCAUGUUCAGAUGGGCAGAAUUCUCCAUCGAGGCACUGAACAAGCUUACGCUCAUCGACUUCACCAAGGAGCUACUUGGCAGAAUCCCAGAAAGCCUGGAGGAAUUGUACGAGCAGGGCUACCAGCAGCUUCUCGGGCUGCGACAUCCCGAGGAAGUAACGGUAUUCGAAAACACGAUACGCUUACUACUAGGCCUUGAUAGGCAGUUGUGUGCACAAGAUUUCUUGAAAGCGAUCAGCCUCGCUUUGAAUCGGCAGAUCAUUUACACCAUAGAAGAGUUGCUCGAACUCUGCAUGAACUUUGUCAUCUACGAUGACCAAGCUGAUGCCUUCAGAUUCGCACAUUUAUCCGUUCAAGAGUUCUUCGAAGAUAGGGAUGACUUUCUUUAUGAAUUUUGUGAUGAGUGUGUGAUAGUCGUGUGCCUGAGGUUUCUUAUGUCACAAGAAAUGCUAGACAUAAGGGAGCAUGCCUGGAAUGAGCAUUCAAUAUUCUCUACAGGCCAAAUCUCUCAUGAAAUACUCCGCGGCAAGCUAGAUUGGGAAACACCGACUGACCACUUCUCUUGGAUAGAGGCUCGUGAACUUUCCAGGUAUGCUAUAAGUUUCUGGCCAAUCCACCUCAUGGCGUGCCCUAGUCGCUGGCUUGUAGAGCCCCUGAGAACCCUGUCCGUCCAAUUCUUCCUCGAUCAAGCCUCAGAUGACUCAGCAUAUACUAGCUGGCUUAUGGUUUCGAACAUUGCCUUACUUUACUAUGAUGAAAGUAGCUGGCGGCACGCUGAUUGGCUUUUUGUCACACCUUGGAAUGUUGUCAAUUUCUACACUCCCACUGACUUGAGAAGAUAUAUCCAGGCAGCGGAUCCCAUUUACAUCCAAUGCUUUCUGAAUCUCACCCAUUUCAUCGAGGCUCGUUUGGAACUGGACACUGAGAUUUUGCAGCUGAGAUAUUUGCCUUGGAAGACCUCAUAUCAUACCGAGGGCAUAGAAGAUAUAUUGUGGGAAAACACGCGUUCGAUGACUCAUUUGGCAUGUUUGCGUGGCGGCUAUGACUGUGUAAAGCUCUUGCUCGAGAAAGGCAGUCCAGUGGAAUGGUGUACUAUCAAGCAUGCCUUGACCAAUGAACGACUUGACAUCUUUGAAUUGCUUUUAUCACAUUGUGGAAAGCCAUCCGCUGAAGAGAGUCGCUUACUAUUCUACAUAUCCGAAUUUCGGGGUGUAGGAGUAAGGACUUCACAGCUUCGACCCGGGGCAGACCGUAGGCGUAAAUUAGUUGACGUGAUGCUUCAAUAUGGAGCAGAUCCUGACGUCUGCAUAAGCGAGACUUCGCCAUUGGACUUAGCCAUCGAAAAUGGUGACGUGGCGUUGACGACGCUUCUAGCAAAGACCAGCAAGCAUAAUGCAGCGCCAAAAAUAAAAGCAGCUCGACUUAUCCAUACCGCACGCUUUGGUUCUUGCAACCAGCUGAAAGCAUCCCUAGGUAAAUUACCUUUCGAAGACAAUCUUGCGGAAUAUCUGGGUGCUUGCUUGUACGCCGCCACAGAAAGCGACAGCAUGGAUAAAGUCCAAAUGCUAUUACGUUGUGGCAUAGAUGCGACUACGAGCCAGAAGCGCUUCUACAAUUUUGGUUCAAUCACAACCAAAUCUUUGCUGAACGCCAUUCCCAUCAUCGAUUCUAAUCCUUCAAGACGUCUGCUCGAAAUACUUCAACAAGAGGGAGCAGCAUCGCUUGGGGUCGUGAAGCCCGUGCCAUGUUGGGCGGAAUUUGUCGGGCCGGAUCUACGGGUCAAGGCCAUUGAAGACUUAAGAAUGAUUUACGGCAGUCAGACGAGAGAAUGA